AUGGAUGCAUAUGCAACGCAGCCGGUGAGACGACGGUGGCGAGCCGAAGACCACUUCGGAGCACAGUCUUGUGACGCGUCUGCCACCAGUGCAGUGGACCGGGAUAUGGGCAACAAACAUCUGCAAGGCCAACUUAUGGUCACUGAUAAACGACGGAGUCAAGAGUGGACACGCGUCGAUCAGAAGCCAGAGGGACCACCACCUAAGGAUUCCAUGGGACAUAAAUAUGGCGUGUUACUCCCUGAUGUCGAACCUCGAUUGCUUCAGUUCAGUUUCAAGGGUCUAUCCUCAAAAUAA